AUGGCGAAGAAACCGAAGACCCGUCUGCUCUCCGUGCGCCUUAUAUCCAUGGCCAUGACCGGUUUCUUCUACACAUUCUCCCGCCCGCGAACGUCACGGCCCAUGAGCAUGCUGAAAUACGACCCUAUCGUUCGGAAAAAGGUGCUCUUCCUCGAACAGAAGCGGAAAGGAAAAUAA